CGCAUUCAUCCAACACCGCCCACCAAUUUCCCAAAGACGGCUGACGAGACCUGUGAGCCCUGACACUCUCCGUUUGCCCCCCCUCCUCCGAACAAUCCUGGUCGCGAUGAAAACCAAGGACGGUUGCUUGGGUCUGGGUGUGGACAAAGUUGACAUCUGACAGGGGUCAAACCGGCCGCUUUGUGCGACCUGUCACAUUAUCAACCACCACCCGCGUCAAAUUCCAUCCCCAUGCACCUCUUGACAGCCUGGAGGUGACACGGCCAUUGUCUGCUGUCGGCCUGUUUCAAUCUGGACCCAAAGAGCGGCGUGCACUAGCCCGUCUGCGCCCACGCCGUCGCUUAAAACCCACGGUUCGCAACACACGCAGAUGGCGAUCGUCCGAUCAAGCUAAACAAGGCACAAUGCAUCGCGGCGCCGACACCGUGGGUGCAGCUGUCAAUCAGAAGCAACUGACAGCUUCCAUGGCUUCUUCUGAAAAGGCCCCUCUAGCCGACCAGGAAGGUCCUGCAAAGCCCGAAUCGAUCCGGGAAGCUUGUCGACAGGGGGACUUCGACGCCCUGGUCAAGCUUGCAACCUCAACUGGCGGUCUUUUGACCGACGAAUUGCGCCGGCAAGCUUGGCCAAUUCUAUUGGGUUGCACACCUGAAAGCACAACACGGGCCCAGCCAGAGCACUCAAAUCAGCUCCAGUGGAGAUCGCUGCCUCGUCACCCGGACGAGGAUCAAGUACAACUCGAUGUUGAUCGUGCCUUUGUAUACUACCCUAAAGAUGAAUCUGAACAGUCGCUCGAGCAAAAGAAGGGAGAACUCUUCGAGUUGAUUGUAUCGACUUUGAGGAGCUAUCCAAUCCUCUCUUAUUUCCAGAGUUACCAUGAUGUCGUACAAGUGCUCCUCCUUGUGUUGGGAAAACAUCAGGCUAUGCCUGCUGUUCCACGAAUCUCUCUGCUGCGCCUUCGCGACUACAUGCUGCCGACAAUCACACCUGCGACGAGACAUUUCGAGCUUGUAUCGGCUGUUGUGAUGGCCGCCGACCCCGAACUGGCUAAUCACAUUGCUCAGGCCGAGAAUAUCUUUGCCUUGUCGGCAACCCAUUCCCUGUUUGCACACGAUAUUUACGACUAUGGCGACAUUGCCAGGCUGUACGAUUUCUUGCUUGCGCAUGAGCCAAUCAUGAGCAUCUAUUUGUUUGCGGCGGUUACAAUAUCGAGGCGAUCGGAGUUGCUCGAGAUGCCCGCGGAUCAGUCCGAUAUCCUCACCUUUGUCAUAUCCAAGCUACCCCAGACUUUCGACAUUGAUGCACGGAUCCAGGAUGCUGUGACUUUGUUUCGCCAUCAUCCGCCUCAACAACUGCCUGGCUUCAUCUGGUGGCGCCUAUCCCGUUACAGCGUCCUCAAAACAUCACGCUGCAUCACCCCGCCUCAGAGCUUGGAAGAGGCCAAGACCUUUUGCCAGAAGCAGAUCCAGCAACUCGACAGCCAUGAACUGAUGCGAAAGAGAGCACUGUUACUUUACAAAUAUAGGAAAUCUGCCGCAUCGAUGACUGCUGUAAUCUUGGUGGGAGUCUUCUCGAUCUGGUUGCGAAAGACGGGCCACGACAGGAUCUUGUGGUCCAUGCUAUCGACGGCGUCUACGUUCUUUUCGACCCUUCGAUAGACUGUCCCACCGGAUCGAUACGCGGGAGAAAGGCAUGUAUCCGAGCUUACACUGACUAAAGCGGAUUGGCGCCCAAAAGUUAGGCUCUUCCAUAAACCAGGGAAUAAAUCUGCUUCGAUGCAUUGUUCUACCAUUUAAGGCGUCAAAUGCUUGGAACCGGAAGACAACCAUCCUUUACCCAAGCUGCAGCCAACUGCGCCAUCCACCCUUGCUGCAUGACCAUCACACAACCCCACUUGAACCAUUCUUGACGCCGCUCAACCUUCUGUUAUCAAUUCUUGCAAUAUGCGCUACAUGCCGACGUGGACUGGGAUGAAGUCAGCAAAAGUGACGUCCGUUGGUGUGUUGAGGACAUACCUUUGGCAACCCUUUACUCCCUCUCUGGCCAUCCAAUAACAAGCGAAAGCCAUCCGGACCGAUGUCGCUGGGUAGGUGCCGGGUGGGUGCCGGUAUGCAAGAGGCAUACCGGCACCCAAAGUCAGAAUCCCAGGUUGUCUUGGCCCAGUCAGCCUUUUGCAUUACAAACGUAAUGCAGGCUGCUGGGACCACGAAAUAUAAAUUCCGGCCCUCGGAUACGUUUUUCUCUCAUCAUCACUUCUUUUGACUGACCCCCCGACCCACCAAAGUUCAGAUUGAAACACGGAAUCUUCAUCAUUGGGCAUGAGUGCCUGCGGGCAGUGACAGAGAGAGGGUACUUGAGGGCUGUGAGGCGAUUUCUUGAGGCUGUGACAUGGAAGGGAAAGUUGCAGGCACUCAUAGAGCGAGCGAUGUCCGAAGAAUGAUGAGCUUCGAGUAUGAUAUCCAGUUGGAUACAUCUAACUUCAGACUUUCAGCCGCGACAGGAUGGCAGAAGUGAUCGUCGUUUGGCGGGCUUGGAAGACAUCAUGAGCCUCCGCACGGUUAGCAGAGGUUCUCAAGCCUGAUGAAACAUCCAAGGCUUACCUGUCUCGUCUGGGCACAAGCUCUCGUUGAAAGGUACAAAGCACUCCUAUGAACAAUAGGAGCAAGCGAUGGCAAGUUUAAGACAUGAGGGAAAGAAACCUGGUAGAGUGCGUGGAAGCAAUCAGACCUGUUGAUGGGGACACAGAAGAAAGGAGGAAGAAGAAGAGAACUGUCAAAUGCAUGGAGGGUAGAAAAGAAGAAGGCGAGGUGGGAGGUGUCUUCCUUGACGUACAGCUACUGCUCUCUGGACAGGCAUGACGUGGAAGAUGAAGCAAGGAAAACCAGGUACGUGAAGAUGUAUCAAGUCUACUGAAGCAAGCACUAUUGACACUGCAUUCGACAUGACGGGAUUUCGGCUGAAGCAAAUCGAGUCGAGCACGACUGGCGGGCUUCCUGGAAGCGAAUAUACCUCAAUAUUACAUUGUACGGGGACAUGCCAGCAGGAGAUUCCUGCCUCAGAGGUCAUCUCUUCUAGCCGACGUGCUACAAGUCAGCGAAUUCGUGCAGAGGCUAGUCUGGUACAAGAUGAUGCCUGGAUCUACAACUGUUGAAACAUUCCUCACAAAGGGACCGAAUAGAACACUGGCAUAAGCUGCAAAGUUGUGCGAUGGAGAAUCGCAACUACUCGACGGGAUGCGUGUUGACACCUAAUAUGGGUGCUUCAAGGUGUCAUGAUAUGCAUCCUCUUCAUAGAAGCAGCAUGAACAAGGCAUAAGAACAGGGAGACAAUACAUCAC